AUGAUGGUCACAUCUAUGAAGCACAUUGUCUCUCUGAUCCUCUCUUAUUCCUCUUCUGGUAAUGACCUCUCUCUCUCUCUCUCUCCACCGCCCAUAUUGUCUUGUCUUCUUUCUCUCUCUUAUUGUCCUCGCCCCCUCUUUUUUCUCCCUUUUAAAUGUCUGUACAUAUGUAUCUAUCUAUCACAGUCUGUACAUAUGUAUCUAUCUAUCACAGUCUGUACAUAUGUAUCUAUCUAUCACAGUCUGUACAUAUGUAUCUAUCUAUCUAUCUAUCAUUUUUUUUCUUCUCUUAUUCCAUUAAAAACUCAUUAUCUAUCCAACACUAGUUUGUCUCUUUUUCUCCUUGGUUUUUCCCAUUUUAUCUAUGGAUCCACACCACGCCGCUCUGCCCCGUCACUGCUCUGUUCCUCUCUAUCUAUCUAUCUAUCUAUCUAUCUAUCUAUCUAUCUAUCCAUCUGUCUGUCUGUCUAUUGUCGAACUGUUCCUCUCUGUUCUCUCUCUCUGUGUUUUGUUAGUCUCUCUCUCUCUCUCUCUCUGUCUUUCUCUCUCUCUCUCUCUCUUUCUCUCUCGGGUCUGUUAUUUUCUCUCUCUCUCUCUCUCUCUCUCGGGUCUGUUAGUCUUUCUCUCUCUCUCUCAGUCUUUCUCUCUCGGGUCUGUUAUUUUCUCUCUCUCUCUCUCUGGUCUGUUAGUCUUUCUCUCUCGGGUCUGUUAUUCUCUCUCUCUCUCUCAGGUCUGUUAGUCUCUCUCUCUCUCUCGGGUCUGUUAGUCUCUCUCUCUCUCUCAGGUCUGUUAUUUUCUCUCUCUCUCUCUCUCUCUCAGGUCUGUUAUUCUCUCUCUCUCUCUCUCUCUGUUAUUCUCUCUCUCUCUCUCUCUCAGGUCUGUUAUUCUCUCUCUCUCUCUCGGGUCUGUUAUUCUCUCUCUCUCUCUGUCUCGGGUCUGUUAUUCUCUCUCUCUCUCUCUCUCUCGGGUCUGUUAUUCUCUCUCUCUCUCUCUCUCUCUCGGGUCUUUAUUCUCUCUCUCUCUCAGGUCUGUUCGCUCUCUCUCUCUCUCUCGGGUCUGUUAUUCUCUCUCUCUCUCGGGUCUGUUAUUCUCACUUACUCACACAGAAAUUGUUGUCAAUAUUCAAAUGUGGGAAGCUGA